CUUUCAGCACACAAUUCCACGCAAUGUGUGGAUGGUAUACUGAUCCCGAAAUGGGAAUCAACUGUGUACUUCGCCUGUCUUGUGUAUCUAUUUUUGGGAGUUUCCAUCAUUGCAGACAGAUUUAUGGCUGCAAUUGAAGUCAUAACGUCCCAAGAAAAAGAAGUCAAAAUAAAAAAGAAAAACGGGGAAGUUCAAGUUAUCUAUGUCAGAAUAUGGAAUGAAACGGUUUCUAAUUUGACUUUGAUGGCUCUCGGUUCUUCCGCUCCCGAGAUUCUUCUAUCUGUCAUCGAGAUUUGUGGUAAAAACUUUGAAGCUGGUGAUCUUGGUCCCGGAACUAUUGUGGGUUCUGCUGCAUUCAAUCUGUUUGUCAUUAUCGGGAUAUGCGUUUUAGUAGUUCCUGAAGGUCAAGUGCGUCGAAUUAAACACCUGAGCGUGUUUUUAAUAACGGCUUCAUGGAGCGUCUUUGCUUACCUUUGGAUGUACCUUAUACUAGCGGUAUUUACUCCUGGGGUUGUCGAAUUGUGGGAGGCUUUGAUAACGUUUAUAUUCUUCCCAAUAAUCGUGGUUUGUGCCUACAUGGCUGACACAAAGAUAUUUUUCAAGAAAUUCCUGAAGAAACGGUAUAAAGCAGCAGGGUAUUUAAAAAAAGCGGACAAGGAACUGGAACUCGGAAACCAUAAAGAAGAAGUAACCUAUAAUCUUGAGUUGGAGGAAAACGAUGUUUCAGAAUUUGAACGUCAUCGACUUGAUUAUGUUGAAACUAUCAAGGAGAUAAGAAAAAGACAUCCGAAUAUCGACAUGAAACAGCUUGAGGAGAUGGCGCAGUUAGAAGUUUUAAAUAAAGGCCCAAAGUCUAGGGCCUUCUAUCGAAUGCAAGCAACACGACAAUUAACCGGUAGUGGAAAUGUCAUAAAGAAAUCCAAAGUUGAACGAAGAAUGUCAACAGAAGACCAACAAUUAGAUGGUGAAACUUAUCCAGCGCAUGUUCAAAGAUUCUUCUUCAACCCUGGGCACUACACCGUAAUGGAAAAUGUAGGGACCUUCCCCAUUACAGUGAGUAGAAUUGGUGGAGAUAUAAACGCCGUGGUAUCGGUCGACUAUCACACAGUUGAUGGAACGGCAGUUGCAGUAGAGGACUACGUUCCGGCAAGUGGAACAUUGAUAUUCAGAAGUGGUGAAACACACAAACAAGUCCCUAUCACCAUAAUCGACGAUGACAUAUUCGAAGAGGAUGAACACUUCACCAUUGAGUUAACAAACCUGAAGGUCAUGAGCUCAAGCAGCCCAGUGGAACCAGUGCUAGUUGACCCUAAAGUCGCAACAGUUAUGGUACUAGAUGACGACCAUUCUGGAGUCUUUCAUUUUGAACUCCAAACAAAAGAUGUGUCAGAGUCAUGCGAAUAUGCGGAAGUGAAAGUAGUCCGAGAUUCAGGUGAGUAG